CCGCGCUUGGGCGGCCUCCCAGAAAUUGGAGGACUUCCUGAAGAUGGUGGAAGAGAGGUGGCAUGAUCCUCAGGAGGCUCAAAGGGCCACUGACGCGAUCCUGACAUUGCACACACGACAGUUUAAGUCAGUAAGGGAAGCCACCGAUGCUGUUAAGCAUUUGAUAUGCGUCCCCGGGGUACGCUACGAUCCUCAGGUCCUGUUGACUUCGUACCUGAGAUGCUUUUCACAGCCUCUCAGGAACCAGUUCCUUCAUUUAGCAAGGUGGCCCUAGACUUGGAAGCAAAGAUAGGGCAUGGAGAAACACCCACUACGGAGGGGAGAAAGAAGACACUGCCUCCCAACUGGAAGGCGAAGGGUCGCUUAAUGUUUGUCGACAACGAUGGUUCGACCAUCGAAUUGGAUGGCAACUUCCAAGAGGGAGUAGGUGCAGAGGCAGGUGACGAAACUUCAGAGGGUGGAGUGGUCAUCGUCGCGAGCUUGACGAGCUACGCCGCCAACUCAAGGAAACUCGUAGAGAAGGGUUGGAUCUGGCCGAGUGUCUCUCCUUACGGAUCUCCAGCACUAUUCGUACCUAAGAAGAAGGAGUGCACUCUCAAGAUCUGCAUUGACUAUAGGGGCCUCAAUGCCAUCAUUGUGAAGAACAGAGAGCCCCUACCGCGCAUCGAUGAUCUGUUAGAUAGAGUGCAAGGGUGUCGGUAUUUCAGUAAGAUAGAUCUGAAGUCCGGGUACCAUCAGAUUGCAAUCCGGCCCGAGGAUCAACACAAAACCGCAUUUCAGACCAGCUACGGUUUGUAUGAGUUUGUGGUGAUGCCUUUUGGCCUUUGCAAUGCUCCUGGCACCUUUCAGCACGCUAUGAAUCGGAUAUUCCAUGACUAUUUGGAUAAGUUUAUCGUCGUGUACCUCGAUGACAUACUUGUUUUUAGUAAGACUGUCGAGGAGCACAUAGCACACUUAGACAAAGUUCUCAGUCUCCUGCGACAGCACAAGUUCAAGAUCAACGGUGAAAAGUGCGAGUUUGGCCACACUCGUAUCUUGUACUUGGGUCAUGAGAUCUCCGCGGAAGGGUUGAAGCCCGAUGACGCGAAGGUGGCCAGCAUUCGCGAUUGGCCACGUCCUCAGUCUGUGACUGAGAUGAGAUCUUUCUUAGGAAUGACAGGCUAUUAUAGAACUUUCGUGAAGAACUAUAGCAUAGUGGCUGCUCCUUUGACUGAUCUGACUCGCCUUGACACCCCAUGGGAGUGGACAGAUAAGUGCGAGGCUGCUUUCAGACAUCUGAAGCAUGCAUUAACGCACUAUGAAGUCUUGAAACUUCCUGAUCCCGACAAGCCGUUCAUAGUCACCACGGAUGCCAGCCAAUACGGCAUUGGCGCCGUGCUCGCGCAGCAGGAGGGGCCAAAGUUGAGGCCAGUUGAGUACAUGUCUAAGAAAAUGCCGUCUCAGAAGUUGGCUAAGUCCACUUAUGAGAAGGAACUCUAUGCAGUAACUGAUCAUCAGACCCUGAAAUGGAUGAGAACCCAGCCGGUACUCUCUGACGCUCUCAAGCGUUGGAUCGAAGUCAUUGAGCAAUAUGACUUUGACCCUCAGUAUCUAAAAGAGGAGUAUAACAAGGUUGCUGACGCCCUGUCGCGCAGACCAGACUUCUCAGGUGCGCUGAUUACUGAGUUCAGUCUCACGGACAAUGUUACUCAAUCUUUGGUGGAAGCCUAUCGCGAGGACCGGUUUAUGUCUGAGAUCAUACGCAGACUUGAAGCGAAGGACAAGAAGACGUCCGCCGAGUUUGAGUUGAUUAAUGGCUUGCUGUUCCUUGAGAAGGCAGGGAAUAAACGAUUGUGUGUUCCCAAUAGUGAUACUUUGCGUAGUUUUUUUCUAGGUGAGUGUCAUGAUGCCACCGGUCAUUUCGGGUAUAAGAAGACUGCAACCAACUUGCUGCAGCGAUUCUGGUGGCCCACGAUGAUGCGAGCUGCACAGCUGUACGUGGAGACUUGUCAAGUUUGUCAACGGGACAAGCCCCGUACUCAGGCUCCUCUUGGGAUGCUCAAGCCCCUUCCGAUUCCGGAAAGGCCAGGUAAAAGCUUGUCCAUGGACUUCAUGGAUACGCUGGUCACCAGCAAGAGUGGGAUGAGGCAGAUCUUCGUCAUCGUGGAUAGAUUUAGUAAGUAUGCUAGGUUAAUAGCCAUGCCGGAAACAGCGAAGACCGAGUAUGUAAUCAGGCUGUUCAAAGACAACUGGGUGAGGGAUUUUGGAUUGCCUAAGUCUAUUGUAAGUGACAGGGAUGUCAGAUUUACAAGUGAAUUAUGGAAGGCCGCUGCAGCUGAACAAGGAACUCAACUUCAAAUGACUUCUGGAAACCAUCCAGAAGCAAACAGUCAGGCUGAACAGAUGAACCGCGCUGUUCAACACCUGUUGAGGCAUUACAUUAAGCCCAAUCAGGUGGAUUGGGACGUGAAGCUUGCUCUUGUUGCCAUUCUGUACAAUAACGCUGUACACAGCGCUACCGGGAUCCGCGUCGCUGCAGCGGACCAGUCGAAGACAGCGUUCCGAUCGCGCUUCGGCCACUAUGAGUUUACGGUGAUGCCGUUCGGCCUCACCAACGCAUCCGCUACCUUCCAGAGGGUGAUGAACGACAUCUUCAGGGAUAUCCUAGAGCAGUACGUUCUCGUCUACCUCGACGAUAUCCUGGUCUACAGUCGUACCCUUGAGGAGCACCUCAGACACCUCCGUGACGUCCUUGACCGCUUGCGCAGACAUGACUUCUAUGCCAAGUUGAGCAAGUGCCACUUUGCACAGCACAAAGUGAAUUUCUUAGGACACUACAUGUAUGACCAGAGUCUCCACAUGGACGGCGCGAAGAUCACUGCUAUUGCGGAGUGGCCCGUCCCCACAUCCGCCAAGCAGCUUCGCAGCUCCCUAGGCCUUACCAGCUACUAUAGUAAUUUCAUCUAGGGAUACGCUAGGUAUUCCUACGUCCUUACCUCCACCCUCCUCCGGAAGAACCCACCUUGGGCUUGGACACCCUUCCACGA